UUUCUUUAAAAUAUGGUUUAUAAUACGGCAGGACUACGACAUUUGCUCUUUUGCACCAAUGACCCUAUGCUAUCCUAUCCGUUUCGGUAUUAUAUUCCUCGACAUCCCUACCCAUUGACCCCGAAAAUCCCACCCGGCAGUGGCACUAAUCGAACAAUGUCCCCUCGCACCCCUCAACGCCCACAAGUCAAGUCGAAGAAGGAGAAGCCCUCUGUGCGUCCACCAGUCUUUCUCGGAGUGCAAGGUCACCACGGCGAUAGCGAGAUCGUCACCCGACAAGCCUGCUACGAUGGCGCACUUCGAUGUCGAGGCAUCCAUGCUUUUGCAUUUGUUCCAGCCGGGAAAAACUGCCCGCCCUGCUCAAAUGGUUUACGAGAACAAGGCGUAUACGAUCACGUCUACUUAUGUGGCUGACCAGCUCGCGCUGGAGUAUGUCAUGACGAGUCUGGGGGACUUGGGCGAUGACCGGCAUUGCGGAGAGUUUUCGGCAGGGGGCCACUGCGUAUUGGACUGCGAGGGAGUGGGCGGGAGAAGUGAGAGAUUGGAGUAUCGAGUUGGCGAAUGGAAGGGUGGGGGAGGUCCCUAUCGUUUCAUCAUCCACCGAGUAAACAGUGGCAUACUGGCACUAAAUAGAAACGGAAGACAAGAUGGAUCUGCAGAGCCUGCACCAUGGACAGAGAAUAUUACUGCUUGAAUAUGUUUCGCGCAGAAGAAAAAGAAAGUAACAAAGGCUUAGUAACGUAACCCCAAUGCAA